ACGAUCGCAAGCAGCUUGAGUGGGGAAAACAACAACUCAUGGCCGGUGUGUCAGUUUUGGCCGGAGACCAUGAGGUUGUAUUUAAAAAGGGGUACAACUUGGACUGGACUCACUUUCUCUAAGUGAAUCUUCACCCCACCAUUCAGGGGGGGAUUCGUUAAUGAUCUAGAGCUUGAAUUCGGAGCAAUUUCUGGAGCCAUGGAGGCGUUUAGCACGAACAAAUCGAGGCUGGGCUUCAGCGAGAAGCAUGGCGGUAGACUUUGUUCUGUGACACCUAGCUUGGCCCAUGUUUUGACGGUUGUGACUGCUCUCGUGUUUAUCGCCACCCCUGUAAUUUAUUCGCUCUCCGUGCUCCGAGCUCAAGCAUCCCUCGUAGCCGAGCUUCGAGCCGAAAUGACGGAGCUGCGAGAGCGCGUUCGUCGCCUUGAGGUCGUCGCUCCGAUGCAAAAACCGGAUCCGGAUGAGGCUAAGAAUCUGGAAAGGAUUUUGGCAGAUUCUCGCGAAGAUCGGGGAGAAGAUGCGGAUGAAAACCAGGAAAGAUAUAAAGACAAUGACUUCCUUGACAAACUUUUUGGGAAGUUUGAGCUCGGUUCCGAACCGGAUAAUACACAAUGGGAAGAAGAUAGAAACAAUGCAUGGUUUCACGAUCCUGAAGAAAAGAUGUUGACCGAAGUCGACAGCCCUAAGACGUCACAGGAAGCAGAAGACCCCUCGGUUGAUUCAUACAGAACAUCCCUCCGUCGCCAAGGUGACCAACUUUUCACCAAUCACCGGGCGGAGCGCGGUGACGUCACAUGGGAAUCCACCAAAGGACGAGGGCAAAGGCGGCCCAGACGGCAGGCAGAAAACCGUGAGUCAAGGAGGAAUCGCAAUCGGGAUGAGAAAAGGGCUGGUAGGAGGAACAAGGGAAACCGAGGGAGCACAGGGAGACGAGACCGAGGGAACGAGGAAACUCGUCGACAAAAUGGAGGAGGAGAAAGUCCGCCACAAUAUGAGUCUGCAUAUAUACAUUUCGUAGGAAAUGUCAGUUCGCGAGUAGAAACACAUCCAGAAAGCGUGCACCCACUCUCGCCAAGGAUGGUGAACAUUUCUGAGAAUCUGCUGAGUGACUGGGCCUAUGCAUACUGGACUCCCCGUCGUCAAAAAGAGAAUUUUGUUCUGAACAAUGGCGUAGUCACGGUGAAAGAGCCUGGAGUUUACUUCAUAUACAGCCAGGUUCAAUUUUUCGACGACCACCGAUUGAAUGGCCACGUCUUAACGAUCCAAGGCAUCGAAGAAGAGAGAUUCAAAUGCGCCGAAAGGCCGGCCCAGAACCCUCUCAGCAUGCAAACCUGUUACGCGGGAGGACUAGCAUUUCUCCACCGCGAUUCACGGGUAUCUGUCCGCCUGGCUUUCUCUCACCGAUGGGUCAAUAUGCACAAAGACAGCACCUACUUCGGCAUGUACAAAGUGGCGGAUCUGUGAGUAACCCAGCGAAGCGGACUCGGUGUUGAUUAAAAUAAUGUUCUGGACCCCGUAACAUAAAGCUUAGUGAGUGAUCAUUGGUCUAAUGUCUAUGAUUAAUUGCAUUGAUUAUUGUGCAUGAUCAAUUGUAAAAUCUGCUACAUGUACAUGUUCAAAUGUUCAAUCAGUGUAAAGCUUUAUGUUACGGGCGUCAGGUUGUAAAAGAACAAAGUUUAACGUAACUUAAACUAAUAUUUUUCUGUUAAAGUGGUAGAUUUUCACCUGUAAAUCGGUUGAUGAUUACUGUUAUUGUCGCUCGGAAACAUAUCUGACCAAUUAUUGGAUGUUUGACCAGUCCCUUUUGAAGAGUGUAUAUACUUAAGAAUUGUGCACAAACCAUCAUUCAACAUCAUUAUAAAUGGAAAGAAGGUGAAGUUUGAUUUGUGUCUUUUCGCCGUUUCGCCUGUCUUAACAUCACACACUUUGCUUUCAAAUUUACAUUUCGUUUGAUCAUACUUAUAGACAUUGCACGUAUCUCGAGAAUGAAAUAAACGUGUAUAUUUUUCGAAAUUCAGUUUCCAUCAUAGCCUACUGUGAAUCGAAGUCAUUGAUAUUGGCCAGCGAUUUCUCCAGUCAAAAUCCCAUUUCCUCUUUCUAGGCAGUGGCAACUAAGUGAUUACCUUUGUAUUUCAUAUAGGCAUUUUAUUUAAAGGAAACUUUAAACAUAAUCGUCAAGAGGUAAAAAAAAAACCGAGUGAAUAUUACAGUAAAAGUAUUCUACACGUAUAACUUUUAAAAGCCAAAAAUUCUUGCCCCGUAUUAUUAGGAUAUCCACGAACAUUGAUUUUUACUCAAUUCAUGCAAAAUACAACAUACUCUGCUGUCAUAACUGCAAGUUUUAUCUAUACUGUAUAUACAUGCCCAAGAGGGUAGGCUACUGGCCCCUGUUAUUUUGUCCCCCAUUUCUCUUUUUUUUUUCUCAGGCUCGUAAUUUGGCCAACAUGAUUUUUUUUUUCACUUCUUCGUUUUCAAUGCAAAUUUCACAAACCAAUUUUUCCAAAACUUGUCAAUAGAUUGUCAAAUCUGCUUUAUCAACAGUUCAAAACAAGAUUGAUUUUGGAAUUAGACAUGAAAUUCAUGGAUUUUGCAGUCUUUAUUGAUCUUCCAUUCCCGGAAAGUGAAGGUCAAGAUGUCUCGUGUAGCAAUAUCUCCCAUCCAAUUCAUGUACUCGAGACUUUUAGAUCAUUCUGUUUGAGAAACCGCAGCGACGCCGAGGGUUUCCCGCAUAUGAAAUCAAUGACAAAACGUUCAAACCAGCUAGACCGUAUAUACGACAUCCAAAAGCAUAAUGAAUGCCUAUGUCUAUGUAAUAUCAGUUAUAUUUGUAUUUGGUAACGUGUUCUCAAUAUUGGGCAUAUAGGACUAUUAAUCAUGUCUACAUCCAAGAGUCAGGAUCAAUGUAUUCAAUACGAAUAGCACAUUUUCAUUCAGAACCCUUCUUAUUAAUGACAAAUUAGAAUUUGAAUAAAAGUAGAUUCAUUAGAAAAUUGUAUAUAAAAUAUAUCAUGUAUGGAGAUAGAGUUGGACCGUUCGUGUAUGCAUGCUUCAAUUGAAAAUUAUUGUAUGCACUUUAAUUUCAACAGUAAAUUAAUGUAUCUAAUAUCUACCUGCGUUCACAAAUCAAAAAUCAAUAUUGUGUUACCGAUUUUACCCAUGACGUAAAUAUUGUUCAGGAUAAAUUCACAAUCAUGUUUAUGUUAUAUAAUUUUCCAAAGUAUUUUAUUUCCUCAUAACGAGCAGUGUAAUGUUUUGUUGGGUUAAGCAAUGCAAUUAUAUCUUUAUGUCAAGGAGCCAUUUUAAAAACUAAUAUUGAUUGUAAAAUACAACAGUAUGGUAUAGGUUCCUGGAAUGGAAUAUAUAUUUUUUUGUAAUGCCAUAAACAUGAUAUAGGGCCUAUUAUGUUAAAAGUAUAUAUGAGGAAACGGUAAAAAAAACUCGUUGUGCACAACAAAAAUAGAAAGAAGAUUUACAAAAGUUUUUUUAUCACAAUCGUGACUUGUAAUGAAACUUUUAGAUUUACUCAGGCUUCGCAAAAUUGAUAUGC